GGCUCCUGAAGCGGUGUAAAUAAAUCCGUCGCGCGCUCAGCAGCAUCUUUAUUCGGCCGCUGAUCUCCACUGAACUCCACUCCGGUUUAUUUUUUACUUUUUACAGAAGUAAUGGCACCCUAACGAGCGUUUGACCGCCCAGUCAGGGUGAGUGAGUGAGCAGCGCGCAGUGAGUGAGUGUUUCCUCUCCGCUUCUCCCGGUUUCACCUGUCGGGCAUGGCGGAGUCUGAGGGCGCGCGCACGCUGCCCCCGGUCCGGCGCUUCACCUACGCGGUGGGGCACGCGCUCAACGACCUGUGCGCGUCCAUGUGGUUCACCUACCUGCUGCUCUACUACCAGUCGGUGCUCGGCUUCCAGGACGCCAACGCCGGGCUGCUGCUGCUCUUCGGCCAGAUCGCAGACGGAAUCGCCACGCCGCUGGUCGGCUACGAGUCGGACCGGACACGGGGAUUCGGAUCGUACGGAAAACGCAAGUCGUGGCAUUUAGUCGGAACCAUCUGCGUGCUGCUGUCUUUCCCGUUCAUCUUCAACCCAUGUUUGGGCUGCAGCGAGGCGAUGCCACAGUGGGUGGGCCUCACCUACUUCACCCCUUUCAUCAUCAUCUUCCAGUUCGGCUGGGCCGCCACUCAGAUCUCCCACCUGUCGCUCAUUCCAGAGCUGGUGACAUGCGAACACGCCAAGGUGGAGCUCACGUCAUACAGGUACGCGUUCACAGUGCUCUCCAAUAUCACCGUAUACGCAGUGGCCCUGCUGCUGUUCCGCUUUCAGCACUCAGCUGAUCCGUCCUUCACUGGCCAGCUGAGUUACCUCGACGUCCCCAUAUUCAGGGACCUGGCGCUGAUCGUGCUGGGCAUCGGUGUUGUUUUCUCAGUCAUCUUCCACCUGGGUACUCGAGAACGAACUCAACAUGAGCCUGAAGAGACUCAACCCCUGCUGUCUGACUCCAGCGUGAACUCGGCACCGUUGCUGCAGUGGAAACACUGGCUCACCGAACCGUCCUUCUAUCAGGUGGCUGCUCUGUACAUGUGCACUCGCCUGAUCGUUAACCUCUCCCAGACCUACAUCGCCAUGUACCUCAUCAACUCUUUAUUACUGCCUAAGAACUACAUCGCCACCAUUCCUCUGGUGCUGUACGUUAGCGGCUUUGUGUCCUCUCUGGCCAUGAAGCCCAUCAGUAAACGCCUCGGCAUUAGCAGGACGUAUAUUGUGGGAGUCGUGCCCAUCCUAGCAUUUGGCAUUUGGGUGCUGCUGGAUUUGGAGAUGGGCAUUGGUGUGUACGGUGCGGCCGUGCUGCUAGGAGCCGGGUCUGCCGUCAUUCUGGUGAUGUCGCUGUCCAUGACUGCUAAUCUCAUCGGAAAUCAGACGCAAAGUAGCGCGUUCGUGUAUGGAGCAAUGAGUUUCACGGACAAAGUCGCCAACGGUCUCGCUGUGAUGAUCAUCCAGAGCCAGUACCCCUGUCAAACACAGGUUUGCUGCACUGACUGCGUUUGGUUCUACCAUCACAUCAUGGUAGCUGUAACCGGGGGCAUCGGCCUCGUUGCCAUGCUCUGCCUCUGUAGCCUGCUCAUCUGGCCAAUCAAGAUUCGCCGAUGUUGAGAAUGCUUUCCCAGCAGGUGGCGGCCAUCUUGGAGAACAGAUUUGUGGCUAAACGCAGGAGAACAUCAGGAACAUAACCAUCACUGUGAUUGGGGAACCAGAGCGAGCACAAAGCACCGAGUGUAUCUUCACAUCACAUGGUUACACAACGAAUCUGAGAACUUUGAGGAAGUAGAGCUGUCUGUUUUCACUGGAAACCUCUCCACAAAGCAUCACCUGACCACUACAAUGCAGAUCUUCUUAAACAUUCCUGUUUUCUCUGGGCUUCAGAUUUUUUAAUAGCAACACUGACAUUUCUGACGGUGAAAAUACAACUCCUGGAAGUCCCGGAGAUAUGAAGAACAAAAAGGAUUCUACUUGAUGUCUAUAUUUACAACAUAAAUUUUUGUUCAUAUUAAAAUGCGUCUUAGUAAAUGUCUUCGUUUUCCUUUCAAAAGUAACAGGAACAGAUUUUUAAUAUCAGUACUGUAUUUGCAUGAAGUGAUUAAUUUAUGCCACAGACUCAUUCUUGAAGCUGAUUGGUCAGAAGGUGUUGAGUCUUUCUGUCACAGCACCUCUGAGACUGGUGCAGCUGCAAGCCGAAUCACAGGUUUAUAUUAAAAUUCCCUUUCGAAUACGUUAUCAUUUAUAUACAGUACCAGUCAAAAGUUUGUACGCCCCUUCUCUACUCAUUCAGACGUUUUUCUGUAUUUUGUAGUUUCUACAUUGUAGAACAACACCGAAGACAUCAAAACGAUGGAAUAACAUAUGGAACAUACUUCAGUUAUUCCACGAAAUCGAGUCUUACAUGAGCUGAUAGCCGAUGAGGCGCAUAGCACCAAGUUGCCUAUAAGCCAUGUACGACAAGAUUGAGUGGAAUAACUGUUUUAUUCUAUCCACAUUCACUGAAUUUUGAGAAACAGAGCAUUUUUAUUUUUUGCAAAUUCGAUAAAUAUAAACUUUGUACAAAACGUCCGACAAAAUCAUUUCGGCUUAGAAUGUAAACAAACCGACGAAAUGACAGGAGCAAUUUGUGAAAAAUGCGUUAAUAAUAAAAAAUAAAAAUAAUAUGUUCUUACCAUCAAAUACUUUCCAUAUUUUGUUGCCUUUUUUUUUUGUAUUUUUUUGUGGUUUUGUUUUCGAUUAGUUUUUAUUUCAUCCUCGGUUGCUUCAGUAACACGCGCUGCCAUUUUCUUCUUCUUCUUUAGGAUUUUUCGGCAGUUGGCAAACCAACUUAAAGGUGCAUUACUGCCACCGACUGGGCUGGAGUGUAGAACAGGAGCUACUGGGGAGGAAAAAAACCCCUAUAUUCUUUUAGCUGUUUGUUUCUUUGAAAUACUUGAUAACAAAGUGAUGUAUCUGACUUGAUGCGCUCUGACAUUUUGUUUUUCUCUACUCACAGUAUAUGAGCUGAUAUCCUAGUAGUAGAGUAGCCAAUCAGAGCGCGUGAUUGCUCAUAUCCAGUGAAUGUGGAUAGAAUAAAUGGAAUUAUGUGGUAGACGAAAAGAUGUUAAGAAACAAAAUGUUUGAUAUUUUAGAUUCUUCAAAGUAUCCAGCGUUUACCUUGAUGACGCUUUGUAAACUACUGACUCUUAUUAUCUUAACCAGCUUCAUGAGGUCGUCACCUGGAACGCUUUUCAAUUAACAGGUAUGGCCUCGUCAAAAGUUAAUUAGUGAACGAGUUUCUUGCCGCCUUAAUGUGUUUGAGAUCGAACAGUUAAUAGUAAAUAAUAAAAUAACCCUAUUCCACACCACAGCUGUAAUAAUCCGUACAGUAUUAUAUCAAGAACCGAACAACCAAGUAAAGAGAAACGACAUCCAUCAUUACUUUUAAGACACGAAGUGACUUAAUUAAAAUAUAAAGAAAACAUUGAAGUAGAAGGUGUGUCCAAAUGUUUUGACUGGCACUGUAUAGUAACAGCUCAUUCCUCAGGACUUGUACAAGCUGUAGCGCUAAGUUUUCUGACAUCACCAGGACAGAGAACAUUGCUGUUUGCAGUUUCCCAGUAACCCAGUUUUAAUUUUUUUUUUCAACAGAAAGUAACAGAAUGCCUGUUUGUAUGACACGAGUGAUUAUGGGAACUGACUUGAUUUGUGGACAUCACACAACAUUAAAUGUAAUUAUAACUGGAUAAAAAAAUGAUUGGUGGACUUUAAUAAAUAAAGACAGGAAUCGUUGGUGGUAUAAGAGGAAUAAAACACAUCAGUAUGUGCUGCUAUUAUUAUUAUUAUUAUUAUAUCAUGAUUCUGUAGUACAGCACAAAGCAGUCUUACAUCUUGACCAUUAUCACCACUCUUGUAUCAUGCAGUGAUUUACAUUUCCAUCAGAUUAUAGUACUGUAUCGCUUGCUAUUCACACGAACUGAAGGUAAGGGACGACUGUGCCCCUGAGCUCUCCCAGUUUAACCUCUGCCUCCAUUGUUCUGGUAUUUACAACCUUCUGACCUGAUUUCUUUCCUCAGUUCCACAUACACUACAAUAGCUCUGUUUGUAAAAAUGACUCAGAUUAACCCAAAUCCCCAUCUUUCACCCAUUUCAUAAUAGCAGUGUUUGAGGUUAAUCUAAUCAUUAUAAAGCUUGUUAAUGGACCUAAUUAUGAAUGCUGUCCUUUAACAUUUACUUUCUCUUUGUAAUGUUUUUCUGCUAUAAAACGGGAAUAAAAAGCAACACUGGACAA